AUGGCUUUUUAUAAGAUUACAUUGACUAGAUCUUUGAUUGGGUUGCCUCAAGCCACAAGAAAUAUUGUGAAGACCAUAGGUUUAGGUAAAAGAGGUUCAAUUGUAUAUAGAGAGGUCACUCCUUCAAUUGCCGGUUCUUUGGCUAAGGUUAAGGAGUUAGUUUCUGUGGAGUUAUCAGAUAAGAUGUUGACCAGAGAGGAGGUAAAUGCUAGUAGAAAGUCUAACCCUGGCUUCACUGUUGAAAAAAGAGUUAAUGUGUAA